GAAAAUUUAAGUUUUAUUCUUUGGGAAAUUUGACCAGGGCGGAUAAAGUUCUUUUGUUAUCGUGUUGGUAUUCUAGAAAUGGCAGACCAUAGCUGUGGGAAAUCGAAGCGUGCGACCAUGUCGUCGAAAAAAAUUGGAAUAUUAUUUUUUCUUGUGGUUAUUUUGUGUUUAGUACCUCAUACUCGUAGCAGGAAUGUACCUAAAAAAGAUAAUGAAGAAGAGAAAUAUAUAUUAGCUAAAGAUGAAAACUGUGCACAUGAUGUCAAAAAUCUGUGUCCUAAAGUUAAAAAAGAUAACAACUUUGCAAUAUUUCUGUGUUUGCAAGAAGCUGCACUGAAAGAUGAAGAUGAUGUUUCGGAUGAAUGUCAUGGGACCCUAUGGCAUUACAAAUACAAUUUAACACGAAAUCCUCAAUUUGAUGAAGUUGCUUUUAAAGUUUGUGAAUCAACUCUAGAAGAGUUAAAAGAUGUUUGCAAAGAUACACAUCACACUCCAGGAUUUCUUAUGAACUGUCUUAUCGAACACAGACACAAUGUUCAAGAUCAAAAGUGUUCUUCAUUUUUAACACGAAUGUCAAGUAUUGUGUUUUCUGACUAUCGUCUGAUUAAAGGUUUUUACGAGAACUGUCAUAAAGACGUGAAGACAUUGAAUUGUGGUCAGUUAGCCGCCACAACAGAGGACGAUCCUCACCAUGAGCAAGCGGAAGUAGUUAGCUGUCUUGAAGCAAGUAUUGAUAGUGUUAGUGAUAAAUGUCAACAUCAACUGCUACGUAUUGCUGAACUUCAAGCAGAUGACUUCCAUCUGGAUCGUCCAUUGUUCUACGCUUGUCAGGAAGCUAGAGAAAGAUACUGUCCAGACGUAAAAGCUGGUGAGGGAAGAAUAUACAAGUGUCUUUUAAAUCAUGUUACUGAUGAAAUGAUGCCAGCAGAGUGUUCUACGAAGUUAGAGGCACGUGAGAAAAUGAUGCAAAAAGAUGUGAAGGUAAACUAUCCAUUAUGGAAGGAAUGUCAAGGUGAUUUUGAAAAGUAUCAGUGUGAAAAGAAUGGAGCUUCACAAAUUGGGCAAGGAUCCAAUCUUUUGUUAUGUUUGCAAGGAAAAGUGUCUGAAGGAAAACCUGUGUCUCCAAAUUGUCAAGCAGAAAUGAGAAAUUUUGCAACAAUGGUGUUUGAUAAUUAUCAAAUCAGCCCUAUUAUAGUUGCACAUUGUGAUGUCGAAAUUCACAACUUUUGCAGUAACCUGAUUGGCAAGAGAGAUGAUGGUGACAUGAUGGAUUGCUUAAUGACGCAGGCUACUACUAAUGUUUCAUUAGGUGCAAAAUGUUUUGAAGCGAUUGGUGAAGUAUUAAAAGAAACAAAUGCUGGAAAUAAUUAUAAAGUUGACAGAGCAUUAUAUGUGGCUUGUGAACCAGUCAUAUCUUCACUAUGUCAAGGAAAAGAAGACGCUAUGAUUUUGGGAUGUUUAAUGGAUCAUGCUCACAACCCCAAAAUGCCAGAAGUAUGCGCCACACAAGUUUUCCACUUGCAAUACUUUUUAUCAAGAGAUUUUCGGUUAGAUGCUUCUCUUUAUCAAGAUUGUAAGCAGGAUGCUGAAGAAAUUUGUAAAGCAAAUAAUUUUGAUGCUAAAACAGAGACCAAUUCACCAGAUAAUUUUGUCAUUGCAUGUCUCUAUAGAAAUUCUUUUGCUGUUGAACCAAAGGUAUCGUCCGUUUGUUCUGAUCAUAUACGCCGUGUCAUGCACCAACGAGCCACUAACAUCAAACUAAUGCCUGAAAUAGAACAUCCCUGCCUGGCUGACCUCGGCAAACUCUGUAUUGAUAAAACAACAGCCGAAGGGGAGGAAAUUGACUGCCUCCAAAAUAAUUAUGAAAAUCUAAGUGACAAAUGUAAAAAAGCUAUUCAAGAGUUUACAGAGAUGGAAUCAAAGGAUUUUGACUUGGACAAGCAUCUAGUUGAUAAAUGUGCAUCUAUGGUCACAAAAUUUUGUCAGAGAGAACUGGAAGAAGGAGACGGAGAGAAAGUCCUACCUUGUUUAGUGCAACACAAGAACGAUGUUAACAUGGAUCACCAGUGUGCAAGUGCGGUUGAACACUGGCAACUGUUGGAAAUGAAGGAUUACAAUUUCAGUCCAGCCUUAAAAGACAUGUGCAUGAAAGACAUUUCAAUACAUUGUAAAAACGAAAGAACAAAGUUCGAUGCUGUAAAAUGUUUGUCGCAAAAGAUUGUAACCGACUUCAAAUCUGUUAGCGAACAUUGUCGUGCUCAAGUCAAGAAUGAAUUGAUGGUACAGAGUGAAAACUUGAGAUUAAAUCCAGAAUUAUUUACAGCGUGUGAAAUAGAUAUCCGCAAACUUUGUCUACACGUGGAACCAACUGCAGGAAAAUUGGAAGAAUGUUUACGUGAAAACCAUCACAAACUUUCGAAUCCAAAAUGUAAACGAUUGCUUUAUGAGCAAGAAAAGGUGGAAGCAAAAGAUCCUGAGUUGGAUUACAGAUUGGUGCAUGUCUGUGCUAACAUGGUGAAACGAUACUGCUCUGGCAUUUCGCAAAUGUCAGACAUCAUGAGUUGCUUGAGACAGUUUACACAUGAUCAGGAUAUGAGUCGAGAGUGUAAAGAAAUCGUUUUGGAACGGCAAAUUGAACAGGCUGAAUCAUUCGAAUUGGAUCAUGAAUUAGUAGAAAAUUGUGAGGCUGAUGCGAAGAAAUAUUGUCACAAAGAAAUGAAGAAUGCCAAAAGAGGUGUAGAUGAUGGAGCUGUUUUCGGUUGUUUGGUUCAGGCACUUAUGAAUAAGAAGAAACUAAAAUCAGACUGUGAGCAGUUUGUCCGAAGAAGAGAAGAAGAAGCAGCGAUGGAAGUUAAUCUUAAUCCUCUAUUUCUUAAAUCUUGUCGCGAAGAGGUGGAUCGUUUAUGUGGAGGUCUUUCACACGAUGACGUCAUCGAUUGUAUGAAAUUAAAUCUGCCACAAAUCAGAUCUAAAGAAUGCGUUGGUGAAGUGAGAAAAUUGAUAGUCGAAGGUAUAGAAGACGUUCAUGUUGAUCCGCAUCUUCAAGAACAAUGUGCGAGAGACAUUCGAACCUUCUGCAGCGACAUGCCAAGAAAAAGUGGAAAUGUUGUACUCUGUCUCAUUGAUGUCCAUAAAGCAAAGAAUUUACACUUGAAACCAGGAUGUGAAAACUUUCUUUCUAAACGAAUGCAGUUAUACAAUGCUGCAGAGGUGGACCUGGCUGGUUUCGACAGUAUAUCAGCAGUGAUACAAGCUGUACAUCAAUCACCCAACAGAAAUAACAUCUAUAUGACGUUAAUGGUGAUUUUAACCAUACUUUUUGUAGGUGGCAUUAUAUUUGGAAGGUUUACAAAGCGUGUUCGUGCGGAAGUAAAGAACAGAUAACAAAUAUAAUUGAAAAAAACAACCGAUAUUACAAAUCAUAGUCGUGUGCGCGGAUUGAUAUUAUUUAUGUUAUGUUAAGAUUUUUUUCUUUCUGUCUGAUCCAUCAUGGUUGAUGUUAAACUCCCUAUAUUAUUUUUAUAUGUCGUAUAUAAAUAUUAUAUAUACUAUCAACGAUGGAGGGUUAUAGCUAAGCAGUGGAAUACAUUGAAAAUGCUUAUAGAAGGCUGUAUUUGGUUGAUUAGCAUACUUCCUUGGUGCUGCUUUUUGCUUGUUUGUUUGUGUGCGGAAUCUCAGUUCGUUGAUCCAAGAAAAAUCACCAAUGCCAAUUUCAGACCAAUGCGGAUAAAGUAAAGAUUUUUUUAAAAAAUAAGCUUUGUUGCAUUAGAAGCGCUUAAUAAUGUGUUACAUUUUUGGAAUGUUUUGUUAUCAUUUAAUAGGUAAGUUUAGUGGAUAGUAAAGCAUUAGAAAGCUUGUUUUUUAUUACUUGGAGAGAACACAAUAUUUUCGUUUUGUCAGUUUUUUUUAAAGUUCUGUUUCAUGGGUGAACAAUAACAUCUUUCGUAUUUUCUAUCAUUUUUUAAGCGAACAGUGACGAAAACAAGACUUAUUACAUGAAUACUAACUGGGCGAAUAUUUCCCAUUUUUAAUUUUUGCUUUUUUUAUGGGAAUUGAUUUUUUAUAUGUAUACUUAACGUAUAAUAAAUUUCUAAUUUUUUGUUUAUUCGUUUGUUUGUUUGUUUGUUUGUUUUAAAUGUAUUUUGCUGGGAAUUGAAAAGCAUGAAAAAGAGAGGAUGUUGA